UUGAUCAGCCGUGGGGGGCCCGAACAAGUGAGACUAAAAUCCUCCGUUAUGUGCCAAUAAAGUGAUAAUUUGUGCCCAAAACACGUCUCCAGUGCUUCCUUAGAACGUAAAGUUUCGCAUAAAUCCACGGUUGGGAGGUUUUCUAGAGUUUACGAGCUGGAAAACCGAGCACAAGUUGAGGCACCUCUCUCGAGUCGAUCUAGUGUGGGAGUUUGCGAGUAAUACGGGAAUUAGGCCUUGAAACCCACGAAAUGGAGGAUAUUUUCCAUUGGUGCCGUGAGGGAAACUCGAUCCAGGUGCGCCUGUGGCUGGACGACACCGAGCAUGAUAUGAAUCUGGGUGACGAUCAUGGCUUUAGUCCGUUGCACUGGUGUGCCAAGGAGGGCCACGGGAAGCUGGUGGAGAUGCUGCUGCAUCGUGGGGCUCGUGUGAACGCCACGAACAUGGGAGACGAUAUCCCACUACAUUUGGCAUCGGCACACGGUCACUUGGAAAUUGUUCAAAUGCUUAUACGGCAUCGCUCGGAUGUUAAUGCUGCCAACGAACAUGGAAACACUCCGCUGCACUAUGCGUGCUUCUGGGGCUACCAAGCGAUUGCCGAAGAGCUAGUGAACAAUGGAGCUCUCAUCUCGCUGGCCAACAAGGACGGGGACACUCCACUGGACAAGGCCAAAUCGCAACUAGCCACACGUUUGCACAAUCUGGCAGUAGAGAGUGGACAGGAGUUGAAGAAGAUCAGCUUCAAGGAUCAGGGCUCUUGGUUGGGCAUGAAGACGCGCUCGCGUGAUGCAACACUGUCACGCUUCAAAGGUAUCAAUGUGCAAGAUCUAACGUUGCACAACAAGAUUGCCAUCACGCCCGGAGGCGAAACUUGGCGUGGCCGCUGGCAGAACAACGAUAUCAUUGCCAAGGUGCUGAGUGUGCGCGAGUGUAACGCUCGGAUAGCGCGAGAUUUCAACGAAGAGUUCCCGAAACUACGUAUCUUCUCUCAUCCUAACAUCCUCCCGGUGAUUGGAGCGUGCAAUUCGCCUCCCAGCUUGAUCGUGAUUAGCCAGUACAUGCCGCGUGGUUCUCUGUACGAUCUGUUGCACGGUGGCUCGGGAAUUGUGGUCGAUACGGCACAAGCCGUGCGGUUCGCGCUGGACAUUGCUCGUGGUAUGGCUUACCUUCAUUCGCUGGAACGCAUCAUCCCCGAAUACCAUUUAAGUAGCUUCCACGUGAUGAUUGACGAUGACUUGACCGCACGCAUCAACAUGGCGGACGCAAAAUUCUCCUUCCAGGAGCGUGGUCGUGUGUACCAGCCGGCCUGGAUGAGCCCGGAAACGUUGCAAAAAAAGCGCAGCGAUCGUAAUUGGGAAGCUUGCGAUAUGUGGAGCUUUGCCAUCUGCAUCUGGGAACUGGCCACACGCGAAGUGCCUUUUGCCGAGCUAACACCGAUGGAGGCGGGCAUGCGUAUCGCCACGGAGGGACUCCGUGUGUCGAUUCCACCCGGCACGGCACCACAUCUAUCGAAGCUGAUCAAGAUCUGUAUGAAUGAAGAUCCGGGCAAACGUCCGACCUUCGACAUGAUCAUACCGAUCCUUGAUAAAAUGAAACGCUAACCAACCGAUGCCUUCACAAACGUGUGUUAACCGCUUGCAACGUGCCUUACACCGAGUGGUUAACCGAUAGUGCCUUUCGAUGAGCGAUGGAAGUGCGAUUUCAUUUUAUUUAUUGUUGUACUGGUCAUUUAAAACCGUUUUCCUUUUGUUGUUCUGUGGCACAAAAUACUCCAAAUGUGAACACGGUUUUUACAAAACUAAUACUGUCCCCACUUAACUCUCUCUGUGUAUGUCUUACUUUUCGUUUUCCGAUUCCUCAAAACCACCUUCCAUCUGUUUUUGAUGGUCGGACAAGGGUAGUUAUUGAGGUUUAACUUUUAUCACCGUCAAUGUUGUUACUUAUGUGUCUGUGUAGCGGAUGAUCGCGAGGGAAAGUAUUAAAAAGAUACAACGUAACACUAGAUAGACUACCAGUUAAACUGACCAGUUGACCAGCCAGAUUGAGAACCUUCCUUAACCGCAGGCAGCACAAACCGAAUCGUCGCGCAAAAUGAGUCCGAAAUCCCCGAUUUCGAUGACGAAGUAAGGAGGCGAUACUUUUUGACGGGUGUGUCUCGGGCGAUUUCGGGUUUUAAACAUAUUUUACUAUAACUAUUUCUGUUCGUCAUUCGACUGGUUUUAUAUUCUCACACACUAAACUCUUGGUACGUUGUAGUUACUUGUAGCUCGUAUAUGUGUAUUUUUUUUUUGCGAAUAAUAAAACCAAAAUUAACGAA